AAAGACGGAGAUAAAAAUCACUUCACCAUACCCAAAGCUUCGAGUCCAGCUUGUGCAUGAAUGCAGCAGCUACAGCCAUCGCCGCUGCUGCCGCAGCAAUCGCCGGAGACGGCGACCAAUCAGCCGGAUUCCGCCGGAGGAGCGGCGGAGGCUCCGCCGAAGCAGGUGGCUCGGGCCAUGGAACGGUUGAAUCAAGCGGCUAGGGUUAUCGCCGAUAUACGCCUCGGCGCCGAUCGCCUCCUUGAGGCCAUGUUCAUUGCUGCUCAGCCUCACCAGAGUGACAAGCCUCUUCAGAUCUUCUUUAAAGAAGAUGCUUCCAUUCGUCAACACCUUCGGGAUCUUCGAUCAAUCGGGAAGAAGCUUGAAGAAUCUGGAGUUCUUACUGAAUCUCUUCGUUCGAGAAGUAAUUCAUGGGGUCUGCACAUGCCGUUGGUGUGUCCAGACGGUGCAGUGGUUGCGUAUGCUUGGAAAAGACAGCUUGCUGGUCAAGCAGGUGCUUCGGCUGUCGAUAGAACCAGGUUAGCGCUAAAGGCCUUCACUGACCAGAAAAGGCGAUUCUUCCCUCAUCUUGAUGACGGGUUAAAGGUAGAACCGGCAUCAAAGAAACUUUGUGCUUCCAAAUUACUUCCAGAGCAUGGACCAGAUGAGCUUAGUGAAUGCAAAACUCUGUCAGACAUGCAAUCGCGUUUAGAAAAGCUGGUGCCAGACAUGAAGGUGUCCACUUAUGGACGGCUGAACUGGUUGGAGAGAGCUAAUUCACUUCCUGUUUCGGCAAGUGAGGAUUCAACAGAAGCAUCAAAGCCUAUUUUCCAGAGUUCGAGUAAGCUGAGAUCAGGGUUUCAGCAAACUGAAGUUGACGAUGAUAAGGUUGCCGUAAUUGAGUUAUACUUCCCCUCUGUGUUCAGAGCCGUAGUGUCUGUGAAUCCGGCGGGUUCUGUUGAUCCAGAUGCAGUUGCUUUCUUCUCUCCAGAUGAGGGAGGUAGCUACAUACAUGCAAGGGGCUUCUCGGUUCACCAUGUUUUCAGACGCAUCACGGAACAUGCUUCUACAGCCUUGCAAUAUUUCCUCGGCCUCGAUAAUGAAACUGCCCUCUAUUCUCUCUUGCAAUGGAUAUGCAGUUACGAAACCCUUUUUAGCAAACCAUGCAGUAAAUGCGGGAAACUACUUGCAAUGGACAAAAAGUCGGCUCUAGUCUUGCCUCCUGUGCAUCGGGUUUAUCGGGAAUUACCUACGGUCGUGACCAAAACCCGGGAACAGAACCUGGACAUGGAAGCUUACCACGUCGGUUGCUUUCCCGACUGUUCCUAACCAUAAGGCUUGAGUGAGGUUAGAUGGAUCAGUUGAAAGGUUAGAACUAACACAACCGCAUGGCAUGUGGGAACAGACCGAACUUUGGCUUUGAAAGAGUACAUGGAAAUAGAUUCUGAGUUCGCUUUCAGACAUGCCCUUCUUUGUUUUUGUGCCUUUACGAUUUCAUGGAAUGAAUCUCUCUGUUUCCCUUUACUGCAUUUUUGGUGAUUCCUUCCUUAUUGGCAUUUAUAUUUUAAAACAUGUAACAGAUACCAAGUGGAACUCAUAUUGUAACAUUUUUUUGUUUU